UCUCUCUCUCUCUCUCUCUCUCUCUCUCUCUCUCUCUCUCUCUCUCUCUCUCUCACUGCGCAGCUUCGAGAGGCUUCAUAAGAAAUUAAAAGUGACAGCUGUGAGUGCCACUGAACGGUAGGCGCUGGACUUUAAGGCGAACCGUUAACCGGAGAGGAUGCGCGCGGAGGCCACUGCGUUCGGGAUACUUUACGGAUUGACGGUGUUGGCGAGCUGCCGCAGUACCCGAGUGGUGAGCGGUCACACAAUGUGUCAUGGUGGCCUCGAGAAGCCGUGCUAUAAAAUCGCAUACUUCAGUGACGUGUCGAGCCGCGUGGCCUUCUGGGAAGCUCAGCAAGUGUGUGAGGUGGACGGCGGAUCGCUCCUGAGCGUGGAGAACAUCACUGAACAACAGCACAUUGAACAACUUCUGCAAAAUCUCAGUAGGACCAGUUCAGGUUCAGGGAUUGCCGAUGGAGAUUUCUGGAUCGGUCUGACUCGUGUGGACCACGAGGGUCCAGGGGAAUAUGCCGGCAUCACCUCCUGUCCAGAUCUGUACAGAUGGACGGAUGGUAGCGUGUCUCAAUUCAGAAAAUGGUACACAGACGAGCCGUCCUGCGGAGGGGAGGCAUGUGUCGUGAUGUACCAUCAGCCCACAGCUCAGGCUGGGUUAGGAGGACGGUACCUUUAUCAGUGGAAUGAUGACAGGUGCAACAUGAAGCACAAUUUCAUCUGCAAGUACGAAGCAGAGAGUCACCUGUUAAAGGAGCACGGAGACAGACCCGCGAGUCCCGACGCAGAUCCUUCACAAGACCACGAAGAAGUGAUGAAAACAUCUGAUGUUUACGAGGACAAAAGCCUUGACAUCACCGUGGCAGGGGACUCGAGUAUGCUGCUGAUUUACGUGAUCAUCCCAACCAUCCCUCUGCUCCUGCUCAUCCUGGUGGCAUCAGGAACCUGCUGCUUCCAGAUGCUAAGCAGGAAACCAAGGACGAAAACGAGCGUGAACCAGUCGACACUCUGGAUCUCCAAGACGCCAAAAUCAGACAGCGCAAUGGAGGUGUAAAAGAAACCCUUUUAACAAGCAAACGCUUCAUGGUCCACACGCUCCUACGUCCUGGUCUGUCCGGACACAAAAACCUCAUCGUGAUCCAUUCGAAUCCUGUGAUGUAUUUCUACGACGGCUUUUACCGCUGUGCGCUGAAACGAAUCUCGCCAAUUAUUUCAUUAAUCUCGGUUUCCUCUCCACCUAACGAGCCGAAUCCGUAAUCACGCCUGCGUUCCUGCGUCUCUUCUCACAUCCUGCUCUCCGUUUCCUUCCCUCCCUCGGACAGAGCCAUCAGAGAGAGCAACUCGUUUGCAGAAAGAAAUCUUCACCUAGUUGCCAGCAAACACUGAGAGCAAUUAAAUUAGUGUAAUUAAGUCGGGCGAAAGCCGUUACAGGAGCCGCGUAAAGAGAUUAGUUUCAAGUGUCAGCUAAAACCGAGUAGAGUCGUGCCACUUCCAAAGUACCUCUGUGCCAGAAAAUGACUAACACAGAUUAACACGGAUUCUAUAUGAGGAUUUGAGCUUUUAUUUAUAAAUUUAUUUCUAAUUUUAAAGGCCCGAGAAAUAACACAAAGGCUUGUUAAUAAGGAAAAACAUUAAGUCUCAAAUCCUACAUUUUGAAUUCAGUAUUAAUGUAAUUUUAAUAUUCAGCUUUAGAAAUGAUUUGAAGUGAGACACAAACCACACGGUGUGCCGUUCGGGGAAAAUAAUCAACUGCGAUGUUUGCUGGCGUACGACGCUGUAAACCGUAUCACCCCGUUGCCACCCCAAGGUUGUUUAUUUCCCAAUAACAGCAUGUCGCAAACUAUUUUUUAUUACUAUAUACCUCUUGUUACACCACAGCAAACUGUCAACGAUUACGAGCUUUGUACUAUUUAUCCACUUCCUCUUACAUGGGCGAUCGAGUUAGUACUAACCGAGUUCGCUCAUGUUCAAGCUUAAAUCUUAGCACCUAUAAACACGCCUUCCUCUCGGUUUUUCUUUAUCCAGAAUUUUUCUCAGCCAGAUAUCUGUAAAACAUUUCUGAAGACUUUUCCUCUAGUAGGAAUUGUAUUGUCUGUUGCAAAUCCCUGACACUGGAGACUCCUUCCAUGAAUGAUAUGGAAUGGUAAAUACUAAAAACUACAAACAAUAUAACAACACACUAUACAAAACCAGUGACAGAUACCUUCUCAGCUUAACUGUCAAGUAGGCGUGGCAUAAUAUUCUAAUGAGCGCAUUCGAGUCUUCAAGCUCGUUAUGCCGCUAAAGCCCCGUUCACACUGCAGGUAAAAGUGGCCCAUAUCUGAUUUUUUUGGGGGUCAAGUGACCAGAUCAGACUUCUUCAGCAGUAGUGUGAACACUCAAAUCUGGCCCAGAUCUGAUUUUUUUUCAAAUCAGGUUCAGACCACUUCCAUAUGUGAUCCUGAAUCAGACCCAAAUCUGAUUUUUUCCAAUAUGGCCACAGUGUGAACACCCAAAGCGGAUUCGAUGCGACUUUUACCGUCAAUCUACAUCGACAUUCGUCACAAUUACCGCAUGCGCGGGCGAGUACGUGCACGAACGUGACUACGCCUAAAAAAUUGAUCGAAUAUUCAAAAAUCGCCCUCGACAUCCGAAAAUUUUCAAACGCCACGUCUCUUUGCUUCCGUCACACACGCAUUCAGAAAGAAAAGCGAAAACGCUUACUAGCUCCGUAACCUCGGCGACGUUAGCACGACGGCGUGCUGCGUGUGACGUCGUCGUUAGUGUUCGUUCACACCGGUAUCUGAUAUAGGCCACAUUUUAAAAGGUAACGUGAACAGCCAAACAAAAAAAAAUCAGAUCUGAGCAAAAUAUCCGAAUUGAGCGUUAAGCCUUGCAGUGUGAACGUGGCCUUAAGUACAAACACAAGACAAAAGAGAAUCAGGAACGUAAACAUUUUGAUCCAGUUUAAGAUGUCAGCACUUCAAGCUACGCCUUUUAGCCUGUUGUCUGUUGGCUAGUUCACUCCGCUCACGUUUACUCGCUUAGCUUUCGCUCGCUAGAUUACUGUAGCUUCCAUCAAACUGUCAGAUAAAAUGUUCAAGCAAAUAAAAGGAUCGCUUAGUUUCGCUCACAGCUUUUUCGGAAAGUUACAGUACAAGUACCAACAGGUUUAUAAUUAUUUACGGAUGAAUCUUACGCAAGAUCUCCCCACGCUUAGCUCCAUGUAAACGUUACGAGUCAUCUGUGAUUUAUGCUUCAUCCACAGACCGUGUUUCCGUGUAAAAAAACAAAACAACAACAUUAUGGUAUUAGAUCGUGCUUUUCCGUUCCCUCGGGCUCCCGUCGGUGUUAGAACAAGUUCAUCAUUAUGGUUUGUUCCAACACUUCAGUUGUUUUCUCUCCGAGCUUCACAGUAACAUCUGCGACCGAAAGUCACACACAGAAAGCCUCAGCAGACGUGGAUAUGUCUCUAUGAUUUGUUUGCAAUUCUGACAUCCUGCCAGUUUUUACUUGUUACAACGACACAUAAUUUAUCACCGAAGCUUAAUAUAUAAAAAUGUGAAAUCUCUCAAAGCGUGUUGUAUAACGUGGGUUAACUUCAUCACCCGUGCAGUGAACUGUAUGAUACCUACAGCUUAUAUAGUACAGUAUCAGUGGAUGUAUUGUGUGUGUGUGUGUGUGUGUGUGUGUGUGUGUGUGUGUGUGUGUGUGUGUGUGUGUGUGUGUGUGUGUGUGUGUGUGUGUGUGUGAUUCAGAGUUUCUUGUUUUCAUGUCUAUUUUUGGGGAAGUCAAUAAAAUGAAA